UUUCCCCACACCCCCCUCCCCCCCCCACACAUCGUCGUCUGCUGUUGUUCGAACUCGGGAUUGAUCGCGCCGCGCAACAACGCAGCGACGAUGGCUUCAAAGCAGUCGUGAUCUCCCGGUUUCGAUUCGCCGCCUUCCUUCACUUAUGGCUCUCGCGUCCUCCCCUGCCGUCGCGCGCCAUCUCGCCGCUGCUCGCGCGUCCACAUUCACCGUAUCUGCAUUCCCCGUGACUACAUUCACUGUAUCUGCGCAAUUCUGCACGCUGCGCGCGGCCUCGAGCACCCCUCUAGCAUCGAUUUCACCUUCCUCGUUUCCGCGCGCUCGUUACUCCGACGCUCGGCGAAGCAUCCGCGCUACAAGGAUCUCGCCGAAUUCGCUAGCGUCAUCGCUUGCGUGUAGUCGCGGUUCAGCCGCGUCGAUCGGCUUCUUCAGACGGGGAGAUCGGUCGCUUCGCUGUGUCGAUCGUCCGACGCCCUUUGCCUCCCCAGCUGGCAGCAGGCUGCCAGCUCAGCAGUUGGGCAUCCGAGCCGCUGAGUCAGCCGCCAGAGGCAGCAGCAGCAGCAGCAGCAGCAGCAGCGGCGGCGUGGGGGAAAGAGCAAGGGAGGCCGAAGGAGGGGGCACCAGCGCGGUAGCGAGAGAGGGGGGGGCGUCCAGGCCCGUAGGGGAAGAGGCAGCGGCAGCCGCACGGGCAGCAGUGGAGGUGAAUCCGCCCAAGAUGUUCUACUCGUCUGCGUCCGUUGACAGGGCGGGGCACCAUAGAAACGAUGCUGAAUGGCUCAAAGAAGCGCUCUCUAAACCAACCACUAUGGUCAUCCCAUGGAGCCAUGGCCGCUCCCUCAUCCAGGACGGCCGCGCAGUCAUUGCCUCUCCUGCUCACAUCAUUCUUCACCCUGCCCGCACUGCUUCUGCCGCUGACAGUGCUGCUGCUUCCAAUGGUGCUUCCAACGGUGCUGCUGAUGCUGCUAUUGCCAUUGCCAGCGCUGCCAGUGUUGACUGCAGCAGCAGCGACAGCAGCACGGGAGCUGACCCCUUCUGCUUCCUCGGUCUUAUCAUGCCAUCUGGCCACGCUGCCUUUGCUGUUGCUGUGGACUCUUCACCGUCGCCAGAGGGUGUCUCUGCGGCGCCCCUCCCCACCUACAUCCCCCCAGCGGGUGCCAAGUGGGUGUCUCUGCGCUCCGAGGGGCCAACGCUGCCUGCCUUUGAUGCGGGGCUGCUGGCGUAUGCCAACGGGCUCAUGGAGUGGCACAGCCGGCAUCGCUUCUGCUCGCAGUGUGCAGCGCCUCUCAUCCCAGCAGAGGGUGGCUACGCCAGGAGGUGCAGCCACUCCCUGCCACCCCCACCUCCUGCCUCUGCUGCUGAAUCUGCUCCUGCUGUUGCCGUGCCGGCAGCAGCAAACGGCACAAGCAGUGCAGCAUUGCCAUCAUCACCAUCGUCAUCAGAGUCACCUGGAGGGAAGCCCAAGUGUUCAUCCUCCACCAUCUUCCCUCGCCUCGAUCCAGCAGUCAUCAUGUGUGUCACGUGGGGCGACUUUGUGCUGCUGGGCAGACAGUCGCGCUGGUCCAAGGGGCGCUACUCGGUGCUGGCGGGAUUCGUGGAGGUGGGGGAGACGUUUGAGAUGGGGGUGGUGCGGGAGGUGUGGGAGGAGGCCAGGGUGCACGUGGAUCCAAAUACUGUAAAGUACCACGCCAGCCAACCGUGGCCCUUCCCCUCCUCCCUCAUGGUGGCUUUCACAGCACAAGCCCUGGCCUCCGGCCCUCCCGCCAUGGCUCUCUCCGAGCCAGACUACGGGCUCACAGGGGAGGAGAGGGCUGCUGCCUUGGUGCCCUGGCAGCAGCUGCCAGUGGUUCGAACAGACACCAACGAGCUGGAGGAUGCGCGUUGGUUCCAUCGUGAUUUCAUUCGAGCUCUCUUAGAUGACGCCUCUUCCAACACCUGGCUGCAGCAAGAGCCCUCUGCUGAUGCGUCCCCUCCCCCAGCCACCCAACCCUCCCCCACCUCCUGGACCUUCCCCCCUGUCCCCCUCUCUGUCGUCGCCAUCCCUGGCCCCUAUGCCAUUGCACGCUCCCUGGUGGAGAGCUGGGCCAAGGGUCAGGGGCGAGAGGAGGGGCAGGUGGGCGAUGAGGAUGCGGACUGGCCUGGGGCUAUGGUCCCUGACGUCGAUAUUGACACAGGCAUAUUCAAGUAUGUGCUCAUUCGUCUCACCUGGCCCGAACACGGCCGCUCCAAGCUGAUAGUGCGCGGAGACAAGAGGGCCCCGUUCCACAUGGAUGUGCUGCAGCACACAGCACGAUUCAUGGCACCCCUGGGGCUCAAGGUAGAGGCUGUGGGAGGGGGGCGGAUCAACCAUGAUGCUACAAAGAGGCAAAUAACCAUCUAUGGCUUCUCACAGGCAUUCGGGAGGGCAGACCACAAGGUAGCAGCAGCCAUAGUUCGGCGUUGGUACCCUCUUUAUAGCAUUGCAACAUCAAACCAUGGUUACUGAACGAAGGCUUGACCGAGUGGGAACUUCCAGUAGAUCACGCACUAUUGAGCGCGAUUGAGUAUUGGACUCGUUCUUCAUUAAUGUGUUAAGUGUUUCUCUUCUAUCAUAAAUAAAAGGAGCAACAAAUGCAAUCAAUAAUUUUGUCCUUAAUUG